GGGACACCUGAGGGACAGUGCGGCUCCUCCGCCGGCCGCCGCCGCCGCCGCUCCCCGCCGGGGCACCGCCGGCAGCGAGGCAAAGUCCGCUUCGAAACUUCCUUGCGGGACUUUGAGCAACUUGAGGCCGCGGGGGUGUAGCCGGGCAGGGCUGAGGGAGCGGCCCCUGCGCGCCGCGGAGCCCCGCUGUGUAGGGUGGGACCGCCGUGGUCGGAGCAGCUGGAUUGAGAAUCAUCUGGAGCAGAAACACAUUUCACAUGUGAAGCUCUUCAGUUCAGAAUCUCUUAUCUGUCUUGAAUCAGCUUAUUUCUGCAUACUUAUAAUUUUAUAUAGCUGCUAAAUACAGACCAUGCCUAGCAGAAUGGGCUCAAAAAUUGAUCUGAACAAAGACUUCAUCAGAGUAAAAACACACUACAGUGGGGACAUCCUGAUAACAAACUUGGAUGCAUCAAUGAGCUAUGCUGAACUCUGUGAUGAAGUGCACGAGAUGUGUAACUUGCAACAGGAACAGCCAAUUACCCUCAAGUGGAUUGAUGAUGAAGGUGACCCCUGUACCAUCUCAUCUCAGAUGGAGCUGGAGGAAGCCUUCCGUUUGUAUUGUCAGAACAGAGACGAAGGGCUGAUCAUUCAUGUUUUCCCAAGUACUCCAGAGAAACCCGGCAUGCCUUGUCCAGGAGAAGAUCAAUCCAUCUACCGCCGGGGAGCCCGAAGAUGGAGGAAGCUGUACCGAGUGAAUGGGCAUUUGUUUCAAGCCAAACGUUUUAACAGAAGAGCGUACUGUGGCCAGUGCAGCGAAAGGAUAUGGGGGCUCGCAAGGCAAGGCUACAAGUGUAUCAACUGCAAGCUGUUGGUCCAUAAACGUUGUCACAUCCUUGUCCCACUGACCUGCAAAAGGCAUAUGGAUUCGGUCAUGCCUUCCCAGGAACCUCGCUUAGAUGACAAAAACGAUGAGGCUGAUCUCCCUUCAGAAGACACUGAUGGAAUUCCCUACAUUCCUUCAAACCGGAAACAUGACACCAUUAAAGAUGACUCUGAGGAUCUCAAACCAGUCAUUGAUGGAAUGGAUGGAAUUAAGAUUUCUCAGGGGCUUGGACUCCAGGACUUUGAUUUAAUCCGAGUUAUCGGCCGUGGAAGUUAUGCCAAAGUUCUUCUAGUUCGGUUAAAAAAAAAUGAUCAGAUCUAUGCUAUGAAAGUAGUGAAAAAAGAACUGGUCCAUGAUGAUGAGGAUAUUGAUUGGGUACAGACAGAGAAACAUGUGUUUGAACAGGCAUCCAGUAACCCAUUCCUAGUUGGUUUACAUUCAUGCUUUCAAACAACAAGUCGAUUGUUCCUUGUCAUAGAGUAUGUGAAUGGGGGAGACCUCAUGUUCCAUAUGCAACGGCAGAGGAAACUUCCUGAGGAACAUGCAAGGUUUUAUGCUGCUGAAAUUUGUAUUGCUCUAAACUUCCUACAUGAAAGAGGCAUCAUCUACAGAGAUUUAAAGCUGGACAAUGUUCUCUUAGAUGCAGAGGGUCAUAUAAAAUUGACAGAUUAUGGCAUGUGCAAGGAAGGUUUGGGCCCAGGUGACACUACAAGCACUUUCUGUGGGACACCAAAUUACAUUGCACCAGAGAUCCUCAGAGGAGAAGAAUAUGGGUUCAGUGUGGACUGGUGGGCACUGGGGGUGCUGAUGUUCGAGAUGAUGGCGGGGAGGUCCCCGUUCGACAUCAUCACUGACAAUCCAGACAUGAACACUGAAGAUUACCUCUUCCAAGUUAUUCUGGAGAAGCCAAUCCGGAUUCCAAGGUUUCUUUCUGUCAAGGCUUCCCACGUGUUAAAAGGAUUUUUAAACAAGGAUCCCAAAGAAAGGCUUGGCUGUCAGCCCCAGACAGGAUUUGCUGAUAUCAAGUCUCACACGUUUUUCCGCAGCAUAGACUGGGAUCUGCUGGAGAAGAAGCAGACGACGCCCCCGUUCCAGCCGCAGAUCACGGACGAUUACGGCUUGGAUAACUUCGACACGCAGUUCACCAGCGAGCCCGUGCAGCUCACCCCAGAUGAUGAAGAUAUAAUAAAGCGAAUAGAUCAGUCAGAAUUUGAAGGAUUUGAAUAUAUUAAUCCAUUGUUGCUGUCAACAGAAGAAACAGUAUGAAGGAAUGACCUCGUUGGGGACAGUGUGAAUGACAUUAAUUUAUCCUUAACUACAGUAUAUGCAUGCGAGGCUGGGACUGGUCACUUUGGAUGGAGACCAAUGAUCUAAAAACAAAUUUGCUGCUGAAAAUCAAAGAAGAGAAUUAUGAUUUUGGUGGGUGUCCUCUGCCACUUAGUGAUUCUUAAGUUCUGGGCACUGACACAGCUGGCUUCAUUAAUGAAGGAAUUUGCAUUUUGUGCCUGUUUCAUGAAGGAUUGAAACAUUCAUUGCAUCCCUGCAAAAGGAGAUCAUGAGAAACUUUGAGAUCCACACACUUUCUACAAACAAUUGAUGCAAUGAGCUCCCAGUUGAAGAGUAUUACAGUGUAACAUCAUGAAGAAUAAAAUAUAUUACAGUGGUGUUGAAGCUUA